GGAAAGAAGACUUCUGGAACAUGGCCAUACAGACUGGAAAACACACAACAAUCCUCAAUCUGUGAUUUUAUUCUGUAGUAUGGAACUGCUGGAUCCCAAAUGUCCCAUCUGUAGUUUUAAAAGGACAGUGAUGCUGACGCAUACGUCAUGCACAUCAUGGAGGGGUGACAGUAUUGAACAGGUAGCAAAAAGGAUUUGGGGAAAGAUGACAGCUUAGUGACAGUAUGAGAUUUGCAUGCAAAAUGUCCCAGGUUUUAUCCCAGAUUGAAAAGGGUUAGGUAAACAAUUAUGGGGGAAAUAGGCCUCUCUCCCUGACCUUGGGGCAGACAGGCAGUGACUUGAUUCCAUUAUAAGGCAGCUUAUUUUAUUCCUAAGAUGGGCAGCCCUUCUGAAAAAUGUCUGAAGCUGUUUCUCUCCCUCUCUGUUCGUCCUUGUCCUGUUAUGGGUCAAAAUAUAUAUUUCCUGCUGACAUUUCCCCCCUGCUUCGUUCUGUUCUCAACCAUAUGGUACAACUCCCAUAUCUGCACAAUUCUAUGGUACUCUUGGGCCAGAAGUUUUUCAUUUCAAGAGAGUUUUUUUCUGCGCGUUUGCAUAUUCAGGCAAAGUCUGGGAGUAUAUCCCCUGCAGAUAUGGAGUUCAUAUUGUACGUCAUUCCAUCGUUACUAUUUUGAUCAGGGAAAUUAAACCAAAAGCAAAGUUCACCUGAUUCUUUCACUAUGUUUUUGCUGCUCAGCAGAGGUAAAAAUGAUAAGUGUGCAAAUAUUCCUUCUUCAUCAGGUGGCGCUCUACUCCUUGAAGUUACUUUUUCCAUCAUGCGAUAUUAAUUUGCCUCCAACUACCUUUUCUAUUGUUGGAUUUUGAUCCCCCCCCCUUUUGUUUGAAAACUGCUGGAAAUCUUCUGAAGGAUAUUGAAAACACAACCUUCGCUUAAAAUAAAUAUUUAAACUCGGAACUGUUCUGCUGUGUAAUUUGUUUUGACAGCGUCAAUCAAGUCCAUUUGGCAUAGUUACACCGUAAUCUGUGUCUGGAUUCCCUGAAGCGGAUUACAGGCGAUCCAGGGCCAUCCUUGGGGCAUGCGGUUUUAGUCGCUUUGGCUGCCCUGUCUGGAUUGUCACAAUAAGCGAAUCAAGUCCAAGUGUGACUCUUGCAAUCAGUGUUUACUCAUAUUCGAGUCUUGGCGGGUGCAAUGAAGCUCACUCGUUCUAGGUGUGUUGAGCACUGGAGCAUUUCCUUCUGCAUUUCUUUUCUCUGUCCUGCUUAUUAACUCCAAAAGAGGAAAGUAGAGGAUGCUCUUUGGUUGGCUAGAUCAGGUGUGGGAAGCAGUCAGCCCUUCAAAUAUUGUAGGACGAACCUUAGCCAGCAUUGGCCUGGCAUGAUGGGAGUUGCAGUCCAUCAACAUCUGGAGACCUUGUUUCCUUAGAGGAAAGCUUACUUGGAAAUGAACCUUGUGUAACUUAACAUCUCUUAUGGGUUGCAUGUGUCCAAGGCAAAGGAAAUAUUGGUUGCUUCUUUCUAGGUACCCUCUUGGUUUAUGGAUCCCUUGGCACCUUCCUGUAAAUGAAACUUUCUAAAGAGAGUCAGUACUGAUCCAUGUUCUGUACUAGGCAGGUUUUUUUUAAUGAGCUAGCAUCUCUUGUUACUAAUGUUUGCAAGAAUGUACAGCAUUGUAAUUUAGAACUGGAAGCCCAAUGUUGAGAAGGGACUGCUUCCAGGAACAGAAAGGAACAGAAAAACAAAACCCAACGUGGUCUAUGAUAUAUAGAUGAAUAAAACUAAAUAUACGAACAUUUGCAAGACCAUUUCCAGUUCUGACAGUCUCCAAUAUUCAGGAGGGAUUGCCAUAAGGAACAGAAUGAAAAAAAAGCCAAUGUGGUCUAUGACUAGUGGAGGAAUACAGCAGAAGAUCCUAACUGUUUUUGGAUGCUAAAUACAUGGUGCUCAGUUUUUGCAUGAUCAAAAGUUUGGGAUAUUUCUAACUAGUAGGAAGCCAUUGUAAUGUACCUGUUAGGACUCAAAGAAGAAUAAGAAAGACCGUAACAAGAGCAGUGGCGUUAAGUACACAUGGACUCCCUUUGUACUUCUCUUUUUCUUUCCAAUUGGCAUCCUCCUGAGAUUUUGUAUCUUGAUUAAUUACUCCGGCCUUCAAAGUGGCGCAGGAAGUCCCUGGGAGAAUUGGCUCACAACGGCGGUUGACCUUCUCCGACGAAAGGGCUGCUUUUUAUUAUGUUAUCCUUAUUAAUCAGCCUUGCAAUAUGCUGACAUAUGAGGUAAUUGGUUAUGGAGUGAUGGUCCGGCCUCGAAGGACUCAGAUCUAGCUGCCAGGGGCUCUGGAGCCUUGAGCCAAGCUUUGGGUUUAUAAAGCUAGAACGGAUUACCGUCAAAGAGCCUUGUUCCCCGCUCACGUCAGAGAUGGACUUGAGGCCAGCGGGCUACUAAAGGAUGGAGGCCUUGGCUGCCAUUUGGGGCCUGAAGAAGAAAAAGCCAUGUAUGAAAUUACCAUGACAACUCUGUAUGAGAAUGUUAAUAACUUUUUACUUUUUUGUUGGAUUGAUUCUACUCUCCUGUGGAACGGGGUUUGCUCUCAGUCCAGCAUUUUCCACAGGAUUUGUAUUGGUACAGUGAAUUACUACAAACAUGUGGAAGAGAAGCAAAUUGGUUCGGAAGGCACUAGAAGAGCCAAGAACGGCACUUCCAAGUAAAUACCCUUUCAAUACUGGAAAAAAACUCUUCCUUAUGUCUUGACAGGUGUCCCAAUUUAACAAGUGUUUCCUUCAUUUUGUAUGUUGGAGAACAAUGGUGACGGCUUUCAUACUCCGAGUACAGAUUUUUGGAUUGAGACGGUGAAAUUCCUGGAAGACAAUGCUGAGAUGGUUUGGUUUUAUCUUUUACAAAUGUUUGGAUGGUUUUGUUUUCGAAUUGGAAUGAAUUCCUGGACAAAGUUGGUUCCCAAUUUGGAAUUGAAAAAUAAUUUGUGGUUCCGAGUUGCCAUGCACAAAUCAGCUUUAUGAAGAAAGGGGAAAAUGCUGGUAUUUUUAGGUGUCUGAGCAACUUGGUUUUAUUCUUAAUGACAAAAACAUCAGUACCAAAGGAAACCCCAAAAUUCUCGACGUUUUGGUGUUUGCUACAAAAAUAACAGAAGACCUGGAGAACUCCAUUCAGUUUUUGUCAGAUGGUCCAUGUUUUCUCAGAAGUAAGCCCCCAUCUUCUAGGAUUUGGGUUAAAGAUUGCCAAUUGAAUUAAUUUGGGAUGAGUGAUCCACAAUUUUUCAUUUUUUUCCUAACAGGCAAAAGAGACUACACCCUGAGAUUUGCUGAAUUUUCCCCAAACUAAUAUUUAAGUCCGUCAUUUAUUUCUGUGAAAUGUUCCAACUGGAGAUGUCAAGAAGAUGUGUGAUAUGACACUUGGAUGAAGUCAGUUGCAAAUUUCAAGCGGUUUCCGAGAUUUGGGUCUCGUCCUUAAACUGAUCCAAAGCAGCUUCGUUUUGGAGCUGAACCCAUUUCAAUAAAUGGGCCUUAUUUUCAAGUUAAAUGUGUUUUGAGUGUUGAAGUGCCAGUAAAGAAUGGAUCUGACAGCUUGCAAAUCAACUUCCAAUCCAAUUCAUUUGGCCUUUGACACUUGACGGAGUCAAAAUAAUUUUCACUUUUCAUUAAAUGAAAAGCAAACACCUUGGUAACAGCAUAAAGGAUAAGAAGUUAUAUUUUUGUGGCCUUGGAACAGAGUUUGGAAAGUAUGUCCAUCUUAAAGCCUCAAGCAAGCUUUCAGGAAUUUGGGGAAAGGAAAUCUGUUCACAUGUGGUACCCAGUUGAACAUGAAAUGAAUAAACCAACCUGAUACUUAAAAUCGUCUUAGUGUGAAAAGGCAGGAACAUGCCUUUCAUGCUAUUAAACAAACUAAACCUUGCAUGGCUAAAGAAGGCAUGUAGUAUUUUCAGACUGUUUCAGGAAGUAUCCCAAAAUAUCUGACUGUGUUAGUGUGAGUUGAACCACAUUUAAGUAAGACAAAUAUUGAGAAUGAUGGAUUUUUGGCACUUUGGUACAUGAAGUUGCAUAUAAGUUAGCAAGCAACAUUAGAAGAGGAUGAACUAUACAUCCCAUUGCUCUUCUGUGUCAAGUAUGCUCCCAACCCUCCUGAGCUGUCCAACCUGCUGCUGCUGCUGCUGUUGUUGUCAUAAUCACCACAAUUCCACCUUUUCCCAAGAUUAAGACUCAAGAUGGGUUGGAAGAAAUAAUAGACAUACAUAGUUAAACAUUACAAAAUACAGAAGUUUAAAAAAUUAUUAAAGAGUUAAAAAAACCGAACCCCCACUUAAAAAACACAUCAAAAAUAACCCACCAGAUGUACCUUCCUGGCAGAUCUCAAAACCUAAGGUUGGAACGGGAGACUACAGCCCUUCAAAUAAUAUGGACAUAGCCUAUAUAGUCUCAAGGUUGGAUUCCUGUCUUCAUGCCAUUUGUGGAUUUUCCCAAAGGCAUCUGGUUAAGGUCUGUGGAAGCUGGACUUUGUGAUCAGAGCUUUGGCAAGUUACCUUUUUGGGCAUCAAGUUUCCGAAUCUUGCAGGCAGCUAGGUUAUCUUGGCUAUCUGUUUGGGAAGGCUGUUCUCAGAAUUGUAGUCCAAAAAAGUAACUGUUCCAAACUCUGAUCCCCUUCCAGUUGGGCUGGUUUUCUUUCCUUAGUCUCUGCUGCAAGUAGAGCUGGAAUAAGGGGAGCACAAACAUUAUCCAAGAAUCUCUGUGUUCAGAUUGGAGUCACUGCAUGUAUGUACAAAAAACGCAGAAGGUACCUUCCGUGGAAAACACCCCAGAAUAAACUAAAAAAGGAGUAGAUCCAGCCAGCUAGCUUUAUAUGGAAUUCUGUAAUAAGUUUCAUGUGAGACAAGCUUCUCAACUAUUUUUAAAAACAAAAGAGGAAAUGUCGGAGACUAGACGAAAUUCCUCUUCCCUGGCAGGAUGCAACAUGGAUUCCUGAGUCCGAUAAAGAUCCAGCGUGACUUGAGAGAGAUAUGCCUGUAUCUUGUCUCUGUAGAGAUGACAACAUGCUAAGUUACCCCUGUGUUGACUAACAGGUUCAAUAAAGUAUUAUUCACAUAGUUGAAUCUGGGCUUCUGUACGUUUUCAAAAAAUAAUUAUCCAGCGACAUCCAUAAAUCUGGAAAAGGCCUUUGAUGGGCUAUAAUGUAGGGUAGACAGAAGCCAUGAAUGUCAACAAAUAAUCUUUCACUGUAUUUUAAAAUAUAUGACAUAAACAUCUAGGAUGGUCAGACUGCAAACUCAAACAUAAAGAAAUUACUUAAGAAAUGCUUGACACGUGAAGUACAUACUGUGGAAAAUUUAUAUAAUUGUGGACUCCCUUAUCAUGGCAACCUACUGAAUAGUGGUUGUAAAAUAGAGAUAUUUCAGAGCUGUAUUGAUUUCAUUUCUGUGCAGUUGUUAUUUUCUUUGGGGGACAGUAGAAUGGAUGAGACAGUGAACGUGACUUGGUUUUCUUCACACCAAAAGAUGAAUCCUCUUGCAAGGGCAGGGCAGGACUUUCCAAAUUGCGCUUGCUUUUAGUGACAUUAUGAAACCGUAAUCCUCGCACAGCUGUUUUACUAUGUUAGCACUGGCCGCUUCCCAGGACUUCUGAGAAACGGCAAACCUGAUUUGCCAAAAGGAUCGAAAUGGCAACCACAUGCCCGAAAGCCCUUGCCAGGCAGCUCGGGCACAUUGCCACCGUGAAUGCAAUCAUAAUAGUUUUCCGAAUUUCAAAUGAAUCUCUCUUGGCAGCGGAAGUGUUUUGAAUAAACAGCUCCGAUGCCGUAUGGUGUCCUCAUUUGGAUGAAUUUAGAAUGCAUGCAUGCAUACAUACAUACAUAUUGAACAAACAGUUGCUGCCUUGGCUGGUCUAGAGGUCUGAAUGAUGCUUUGGUGUGUGUGUGUGCCUGCCUGCAAGUUAUAUAGCCCACCUGCCUCUUUUAAUUUCAUUUUUACAUUUGGGCAAAAGGAGGGGAAUGGGGGAAAUCAUUGUAUUUAGCUGGCAUUUCUUCAGAGAUUCAGAUAGGUUGCCAUUUCCACUGGCAAACCAGAUUGGCUUGCCAUAUAUUUUUUUAAAAACCCAUUCUGCAUCUCCUUGUGUGCAUGUCCCCCACACUAUUAAAUCUCUCCAUCCCCUCCAUUCCCAAACUGUGGGAAAUGCAGAUGUGAAUUGCUUCAGCCGUUUUAAUUCAGCUUUUGGAUGCGAGGCCUUUCCCUUCAAUAGACCUCUAACAAUCCCUGACAGGGAACUCCUGAGGGAUGCCGUUGGAAAAAUAUUUGGCCCUCGAACCGGAUUGGAAUUAAAUCUUGCAGGAGCCGAAUUGUGGAAACUCUGGAGACUAAAGGCUGAUUUAGUUCUAACCGGAGAAGCUUCCAAAUCUCAUUUUGCACUGACAAAGCGAUCCUAUAAGAGCCAUCACUCCUUGUGUGUGUGUAUAUAGAUAGAUUGAUUGUGAAAGCUCUGAGUGAGCUGAAACCCAAAAGUCAGACGAGAGUUAAUAUGCUAAAAGCAGGACACAUGUUAAUCCAACCUAAACAUUGCUAAGGCCCACAGACGUCAGUGUGCUUUAUUCUUUUUGAAAUCAUGUGCAGUUCAAAAGACUAAAUCCUGGCUAGAUUCUGCCCAUAAACAGGUUGCGUUUCCCUAAUCUGAAAUCUUCUAAAACAUAAAAUUGUCCACCUGGGUUCCUGAGAGAGUAACACCUUUAUUUUCUGAUAGUUUUAGUGUUUAUAAACUUUGUUUCAUGUACAAAAUAUAAAAUACAGUCUAUUAAAUUACCUUCAAGCCAUGUGUACAAAUUGUCUGUGAAAUAUAAAUGGUUUUCAUGUUCAGAUUUGGGUCCCAUCUCUAAUCUGUUUCAUUAUGUACAUAUAUGCAAAUACAGGGAUUCUACAAUCUGAAAUAAAAAACCCAAAUCCAAAACAUUUCUUAUCCCAAGGGAUACUUAACUGUAUUUAAAUAAUUAGGUGAAGGCAAGAAAGUUCCAUUAGGACUCUUAAAAUUAGCAUUUUUAAAAAUAACUCAUAAAUCCUUUGGAUGUACCCUUUACCUAAUUUUGAGAACAUGACUUUUUUUUUUGAACAAGAAACAUACAUAGCACAACCCUGGAGUGACUCAAACUUUUCUUUAUGGUGUUUUGCAGGAUCUGAUCUGCAUGAAUUAACAGAUCUCUUCCGGUCAAACCCUGCGGCCUGUUUCUGAAUGAUGACAGAACAGGAUUUAGCGGAUGUGGUUCAGAUUGCGGUGGAGGACUUGAACCCAGAUCAUCCAGUGGUGCUGGAAAACCAUGAAGUGACAGAUGAAGAUGUAGAUCCACCUUUAAAACGUCAGCGGAUAGAAAUCAAUUGCCAAGACCCCUCCAUUAAGUCCUUCCUGUACUCCAUCAAUCAGACCAUAUGCCUGCGCUUGGACAGCAUCGAAGCCAAGCUGCUGGCCCUGGACGCUACCUGCAAGUCCCUGGAAGAGAAGCUGGACCUCGUCAUGAACAAACAACACAGCCCCAUCCAGGUCCCCAUGGUGGCCGGAUCCCCACUGGGCGCCACCCAAACGUGCAACAAAGUGAGAUGCGUUGUUCCCCAGACCACAGUGAUACUCAACAAUGACCGCCAGAACUCCAUUGUAGCCAAGAUGGUCGGACAGGAAGAGCCAUUGAGCAGAGCAGCGGAUUCUCUGGACAAUAUCCUGAGCAGUGCUGUGCCUGGGAGGAGGCAGAACACAAUUGUGGUGAAAGUCCCGGGGCACGAUGACAGUCACAAUGAAGACGGGGAGAGUGGCUCCGAAGCCAGCGACUCAGUUUCCAACAGCGGUCAGUUGGGAAGCCAGAACAUCGGGAACAACGUGACUCUCAUCACACUGAAUGCCGAAGAGGACUAUCCCAGCGGGACGUGGCUCGGAGACGAGAACAACCCUGAGAUGCGGGUGCGGUGUCCCAUCACGGCGGCCGACAUGCUCCACAUCAGCACCAACUGCCGCACGGCUGAGAAGAUGGCCCUGACGCUCCUCGAUUACCUCUUCCACCGGGAAAUCCAGGCCAUCUCCAACCUCUCCGGGCAGGGGAAGCACGGGAAGAAGCAGCUCGAUCCGCUCAUGAUUUACGGCAUCCGUUGCCACCUUUUCUACAAGUUUGGCAUCACAGAGUCUGACUGGUACCGGAUCAAGCAGAGCAUAGACUCCAAAUGUCGGACAGCUUGGCGGCGAAAGCAACGAGGGCAGAGCCUCGCGGUGAAAAGCUUUUCAAGACGGACACCCUCUUCCUCCUCCUACAGCGGCUCAGUCAUUCUGGCCGGUUGUGAACUUGGGGGAGAGAAGAAUGGGACCGUUUGGGAUUAUGGAUUUGGACAGGGGAGCUGCCCAGCUGUAUCGCAGGGUUUGAACGGCUUUAUUGGAAAACAUGAAGUCACAACUGGAUGGACUCAAGAGAGCACUCAGAGCACAACAUCGGCCCCAAACGAAAUGCAAGCUGGCCAACCACAGGCUCUUCACUACGCUCUGGCCAAUGCCCAGCAAGUCCAGAUCCACCAGAUUGGAGAAGACGGCCAGGUCCAAGUGGGUCACCUUCAUAUCGCCCAGGUGCCGCAAGGAGAGCAAGUCCAGAUCACGCAGGACAGCGAGGGUAACUUGCAGAUACACCAGGUUCACGUCGGACAAGAUGGUCAGGUGCUACAAGGGGCUCAGCUCAUUGCCGUCGCCUCUUCGGACCCCGCAGCUGGUGGCGUUGAUGGAUCUCCGCUCCAAGGGAGUGACAUCCAAGUCCAGUACGUCCAGCUGGCUCCCGUGACAGACCACUCGGCCGCCAGUCAAAAUCCAGAUUCUCUUCCAACAGCCAUCCAGCCAGAAAUGCAGAUCGACCAUGGAGCCAUUCAGAUCCAGUGAAACGGAGUCAGCAGGACAACGAGGAGCAGCUAUAUGGACUCCAUGCCCUUGGCAGCUAAAUAUUCCAAGAAGACAAGCAAGUAUGUAGCUUCUCAGCCUGGACACAGAUGCUCUCCUUCAGCCUCCAUUGAUCUCAUGGUUCAGACCCAACCCUCAAACAGGGCGCCAUAGGAAAGGCCUUGCGUCCUGGGCAUUGCAUUCACUCCAGACCAAAGAACUCCUCCGUGGGUUUGGUCCCUCCUGAAAAAAACCUCAAACCAGACCUGUCUCAAGACAAGAACUUUGCUCAUCUGAAUUAAAUGAAUUGACGUCCCACCACGUCGUCUCUCCCUGUAGAUCCCUUCCCUGCCUGCCUUGCAGCAACACGCCGAGAAAGAAUCAAGAGCGCAAGAAUAUUUUGCCAUUUGAGAGAAGGAUUUUUUGAAAAAUCUGCUAUGUUUAUAUUGAGAGAGAGAAAGAGAGAUGCAUUUAUGAAAUGAAUUAGGGAAAGAUGGGGAGCCUGUUGUCGCAAAAGUUAUGCUUUUUUGCUGCUUUUUCCCCCAGUAUAAUGAUCAAGUAUUUGCAAGAGAGAAGACUCAUGUACAAACACAACCUUUGCCCUUUUUAUUUGUUUUCGUUGACUAACGAUUUUUCUAAAAAGGAAAAAAAUAUAACUAUUCAACACUGUAAUUAUGCAUUUCUAAAGAAAUAAAUGUGUAUUUAUGAA